CCCCUUAACAUAAUCAAUUAUCCACACUCAUCAUGUAAUAGUCGCGCACAUUAUUAUCCACACACAAAGAACAUGACACAUACUAGUAUCACAUAAAGGAGUGAAACAAGACUUCAUAGAAAUUUAUUCUCCUUUGAAGCGUCUCGUUCAAGGAGGACCUCCUCAAACUCAAAGUCACCACACUCAGCUGUUGGAGCCUUCACCAUCCACGCCGGGAAGUCAACUUCCUCUUCUUCCUCCAUGCCGUCCGACCCUUCGUACGUAUCCCUGGCCCCUGGCGAGGUUCUCCCCAUACCUAUUCGGAUUUUCAAAUAAGGAUUAAUAAACUAAUGGAUUGUUAGUUACAAAACGAUCACCCCAACAAACUGGUAUCAGAGCUCUCAUUCCUCCGGACCGAUUACAAGAUCGCCACUGUGGACGGCGCUGCGUAUGACCUAAUUCAUCUGAAGAUUGGAUAUGUCAAGCUCAAGCGGUUUUCUUGGCAAUCUGCCAGUUCUUGAUGCGAAGAACUGGGAUCGAUGGUGUAUUCAGAUGAAGGUUAUAUUCGGAUAUCAGGAAGUGCUCGAUGUAGUAGAGAAUGAAAUUUCGAGCUUGAAAGAGAAUCCGAGUGAAGCGGAACGCAAAGAAUAUCGAGAGGCAAAGAAGAGGGACUGCAAGGCCUUAUUUCUCCUACAUCAGGCUGUGGAUGAUGUACACUUUCAGAAGAUCUCCAUGGCUAAAACUGCUCAUGAAGUCUGGAAGAUUUUAGAGCAGUGUCACUCUGGUGGAGACAAGGCAUGUCAAUUGGAAUCAUAUUUCAUUGGUUAUAUGGCCAUCUCCAACAAGCACCAUCUUCAACACCAAAAUGGUGUAUUUGGCAAAAAAAUGCUCCAACAAUGACACCAAACUUCACACCACUACACCAAAUUGGGGGAGGGGGUUUGGCUUUACGCCAUAUAUGGCGCACACCAUUUCUUGCGCCAUUUUAUUUUUUUAGUUGGGGUGUCUGCUUAAAGAUUAUGGAGGCAUCAUUUGUUUAAUUGCGAACUGUAUAAGGAGUGUUUAAUUGAGAACUGUAUGGGUAAAAGAUACUCCGUAUAUUUUUUAAAAGGUAUGGGUAAAAGAGCAUUUUAUGAUAAA